AUGCCUACAGCUCUGCUGCCCGCCUCCGCAGCAGCGUUUGCCCCCCGUGGCAAUCCGAAUGUUGUGCUGGGUCGCAAAGUGGAACAAUGGCUCACACUCACCCUCAAAAGGGUCAACCGUGUCAAGAGACCAUUGAACAAUCCGACACAACACACGCGAUGCCUGACAGAAACUCUCUCCUCGCCAAAUGCUAUCUGGACUCUCUGCUCACUCAUGUUCCCCAAGGCCCCUGAUUCCGAACUCCAAAAGGACGAGAACCCGUUAGUCGAGGCCAUGUUCAAUUAUCAGAUGAUUCAUAUCGAGGCUUACGUGGUGCAUGUGGACAUGGUGUCGCAAAACGAGGUGGCUUUCAAGUUGACUCCGGAAACAAUCGAGUCCUUGGUCGACUUCCACAAGGAUAUCUUUUCCGUGGAUACCGCCGCAAGUACCUGGGACUGGCCGGAAAAGGAAACUCAGCUCAAGAAACUGCAGGCCGAGUUCGUGCAGUCCGCCAACAAGUUCAUCUACCGCACCAAGGUUCAGGCUCUGGAAGGAAUGGAAGAGGAUGGCGCUGGCGAGCUGCUGGGCGGCCGAAGCGAAGAUGCAAAGACCGCCAUCCUCAAUCUUUUCGUCCCUCUACUUCCGCCUCCGCCUCCACGACUCCCCGAUGUGGUCCGACCACCUCUGCUGCCCAGUUCUACUAUUGCGGAGGAUUGGUGGUCGAGUCCCGUCCAGCAACCCGUCAUGCCGGUAGAAGCUUGGAAGGUCGUUCCUUCCAGUCCCAGUCCCGUGUCUUCUUGCGAUGGCGCCCCGAAUAUGUGGACAACCAUGUCGAUGUCUAUGGCCGAAGCUCAACUACCAUCACCGGCACCUUCGUUCAGUCAGCCAUACACCACAGCGCCAUAUGACGCUGUUCAGUACUAUAGUGCCCCAGUCACUAUGGCUGCUCUUGCUGCGCUGCCCCUCCCUAGCAUGUUGAUUCAACCAUGCAGCACGGCGGCAUCCAUGAACGGUUUUGGUGGUGGCUUCGGCGGCUACCCGGAACGAUAUCAAGAAUUCCCUGCCUUGUCUUACGGCACAACAAUGUAA